UCAUUUAUUGCUAAUCUAAGUCAUUAAGAAGAGGGAGUCGCAAUUUAAAAUGUUGCAUUCGUUUAUAAAACUUAUUCUUAAAAAAUGAAUUUGUGUUACAUAAUAUUUGUCCUAUAUUCAGGAUAUGUUCUCUGCUCAGAUGAUGACACAACCAAGGAGUAUUUAAACCCUAACCUACACGAUGAUAGAGUAGCCCUUUGGACAUAUCUUUUCACUAAAUUGAAUACCUUGAUGGAACAGACAGUAAAUUCAACUCAAAUUCUCGGUAACUUGGCGAAGGAAUCAGAGAACAUGAAUGCCAAGCUAGAAGACCAGCACAAACAACUGAUUUACCUAAAAGAGAGCAAGGAGCAUCAAAAGCAAUAUCUGGUCGACAAUAGUUUGGAGUAUCGCAAAAGCUCCAACUGGAUAACCAUACUCAAACGUUUCGAUGGCUCUGUCAAUUUCUAUCGCAAUUGGAGCGCAUAUCGCUAUGGCUUUGGCAAUGCACCGCAUGGAGAAUUUUUCUUAGGCUUAGAAGAGAUACACAAUAUGACCUCUAGUGCUCCACAUGAACUAUUGGUGGUGCUAAAAGAUUGGGAUAAUGAAAUGCGUUAUGCCCACUAUGAUCUUUUUGAGAUUGGAAGGGCAUUUGAAGGCUUUAAGCUGAAAAUUUUAGGUAAUUACCAAGGCGAUGCUGGAGAUGCUUUGGAACCGCACAAGGGCAUGAUGUUCUCCACCUUUGAUGUGGAUAAUGAUAUGGACAAACAACCUCGACACAAUUGUGCCAUAGGAUUUCGUGGUGGCUGGUGGUUUAAAAACUGUUAUACCAGUCAUUUAAAUGGUGUAUAUGACUCUAAAGGUUAUGGCAUACUUUGGGAUACUUGGAGACCGAAAUACUCGCUUAGCUAUGCCGAAAUGAAAAUACGCAGAAAAGAAAAGGCAAACUAAGAAAAGACAAACUAUGGAAAAACUAUUUUUUUAAUGAUUUUCAUAUGGGCUUCUAAAAAGUUGUACUAGAAUAAAUUAUUGGCCGAAAUAAAAAUUGAAAACAAAUAA